AUAGAGGACGGUACAAUAUCUACAGCACAAGAGGCCCGCACAUUUGAGACAUCGAUGCCACAACUGAUGUUGACCAUGGAGAAUGUUCUGUCUGCCUCACAUCCAUCAGAUAUUGUCAGCUACUCUACGCCGGAAAUAGAGGUGUCGUCUGCUGUGAUCCAGACCAAUGAGAGCACGGAUGGCUAUGUGGUGGUGGAGACCAUUAUUGGGCGAGUUACCAUGCCUGUCAUCCUUGUUGAGGACGGGAGAAUCCGUAUGACCACCAUUGUGUACCAGAACAUCCAGAAGCGUUGGACCCUCCAGCAGGGUUACAGACACGCUCAGAUCGGAAGUCAUGUCCUGUCAGUCUCUCUCCAGCGACUCCAUAACGUGACUUCGGAGAGACUCAACAUCAGCCAACCAAAGUCUAUCACGAUGGUUCUACCCACACAAGUCAACGGGAGAGAAAAGGAAAGACUGUGCACUUUCUGGAAUUUUGAUGAGGGAUUCUGGGACACGACGGGUGGCCGUCUGCUCACGAAAAACGACAGCCAUACAGAGUGUCAGUUUGACCAUCUCACCAACUUUGCUGUCCUCGUCCUCUACUACGACCAGUCACUCAGCCUGUCUAAGCUACAGAAGCAGACCAUGUUUGUCCUGACCAUCGUGUGCUGUAGUCUGUCCAUCACCUGUCUCGGAGUCUGCAUCAUACUCUACAUAUACCUCCACCUCCUGGGUGAAGAGAAGAUCCUGAUCCAUGCUAACCUCUGUAUAGCCUUGAUGUUGGCGCAGCUAGUUCUUGUGACAUCACACGGAGCGGAGAGAGUCACGGCUGCGUGUAAGACAGUGGCUGUAUUACUUCACUAUCUGUUCAUGUCCUCGUUUUCCUGGAUGAUGCUGGAGGGCCUCGCAGUGUAUCUAGCCUGCACAAGAGGAUUAUAUAACUAUGGCGACAUGCGCUUGAAGUACUUCCUGGUUGGCUGGGGACUUCCAGCAAUAAUUGUCACUGUAUCAGUGGGUGUGCAGUUUCCGAACUAUGGGGAGACAGCUGACGACAGCUGCUGGCUAUCUGUAAGGGACGGGCUGAUAUGGGCAUUCAUGGGGCCGAUGCUGGUUGUGGUUGUGUUCAACCUGUUCAUUCUGUGUCUGGUGAUAAAGGUGUUUCUAACAUUGAGGGCCAAUUCCAGAAAGACCCAGGCAGCCAAGUUACGGGCCAGUGUGAGAGCCAUGGUGACCCUGCUCCCCCUCCUCGGGGUAACCUGGGUCCUCAGCAUCCUCGUCCCACUGCACCACGUAUUCCAUUACCUGUUUAUCAUCGGGAACGCCAUGCAGGGGAUAAUGAUAUUCCUGUUGCAUGGAAUCGGAAAUGAUGAGGUGAGGAAGGGGUUGAGCGAGAGACGUAAACGGCACUCCAUUACAGGGUCGGAGUCAGUUACCACCAUCAACUCCAGUCAACCCAAAAUUCUUAGAUUUAAACAGCUGCUGGUACCAGUGGAGACGUACGAUCAAGGUUCAGACAGGAGACAGGCCUGGACGGAAUUAUAGCCCGACGUUCAAUGCCACAAUACUAAAAAAAGGACUGUCCCCGAAAAAUCCAUUAAUCAAAGAAAUCAACUUAAUGGAUAAAACAAAGGACUGCCCUUAUCAUCCUAGGAAAUCAACUUAAUGGAUCAAACAAAGGUGCCCUUAUCAUCCUAGGAAAUCAAACAUACACUCUAGGACUGUCCUGGUCAAGGAUUUUUUUCUAUCAACUAAUUUAAGUCUAUAGGACCAUCCUAAUCAAGGAAAUCAAAAGAAAUAUAUGACGCUCUUCAUGAUGGUGGAGUCCAUCAUAGAUUGACACGUGUUCAAUUCCUAGUGAACGAGGAGCCAGCUUAACGUUAGGAGACUUGUUGAGAAGUCUAUAAGCCAAGAAAGGUUGAUUUAUAUCCGAGACAGAUCUAAGUGAGCGAGUCAGAUGCUAUAACAGAGUAAGGAGUGUACACUGCCUUCACACAGCUGUGUACAGGACAAUGAUGUUGUUAACCAGGUGUACACUGCCUUCACACAGCUGUGUACAGGACAAUGAUGUUGAUAACCAUAACAUGCAGACGAUAACAAUACAAGGGUACGUCCCAUACCAGUAUCAAAAUCAACACGAAAUAUAAGUUGUAUAAAAAUAAAGACGAGCAUGUUAUAUUUUAUCUCAUCCCUCUGUAUAUAUCAAACACAGUAACUGCAAAACAGUAAAAGUUUUAUAGCAUAAAACCUCAUAUACAAACUACAUAUAGUUAGUAAACAUAAAAAGGCUGAAUAUAUUCUUAAAACUUCAUCACACACAUACAUAGGUAAAAAAUACAAUAUCUUGUUACACCUAUAUAAAAUACUCUGCAAUGUACCCUAAGUCCAUUGAGAGAAAAAGCAUUCCUAAAGUUUCUGCUGUUCCUUGAUCUGAUUGGUUCAGACAGAGAUCUAUUGUCUUAGGUAUACAUGUAUAUCAAAUAUCAUGAAUUGUGGAGCAUUACAGACAACAAUAUAAACAUCAUGACUAGCACUCUGAGACAUAGGUCUUACUACUGGAGGUAAAUUCAUUGACAUGGAAUGUACCGUGUAUGUAAAAUAUAAGUCACUAUGGCCUUUCAUUCAGUUUCUCCUUACUUUCGUUAAUACUGGAAAAAUCCAGAUUAAGUCACAGUUAAAGUUGCAACGCAAUGAUCUUGCGUUUUACUCUUUCAUAGUGCUCUAUGAAUGAAAUCCUCACCCAAUGAUUAUGGAGUAUUUGGUUAUAAAAUGUUAUAUUGCUGUAAAAAGAAGGACCAGUCAUAACAAACUAUAAACCACUACAAUAGACGUAGUAUCAACCCCUUGUGUAUACGAAUAUCAUAAUGCCCUCCUUUAAGGGACAGGGUAUUCAUUCUUUUACAAUAAAAUAUCAGGAGCCUGCCAAACUUGUAAUAACAUGGCAUUAUAAAGUACAUUUUCAUUAUCCCAAACCAAACUCAUAAUACUAGAGCAGGACUAGUGCAUCCUUAAGGCGUGAUUUUGACUAGUGCAAUGUUUCAGAGGUUUUCUCACACCCAAAGUUGUCCUAGGCAGGUUACAAUGUGAAGACACUUUCUCACACCAACUGGGGAGCUAGAUGGUUUAUUUCAUGCAUUAUCGGUUCAUGGAUUUCUAUUUCUUAAAGUGUAUAAA